AUGGAGAAUACUUUGACAGCCUUGAAACCGCCCCCGAAAAAUCGUACGCAAACCAGUCAGGAAUUGGCAUCAUCUUUGCUUGAAGAAUGCAACAAAUUACUUUCUGAGAUCUCCGCAUUUCAGUCAUACCUUGUGACUCUAGGGAAGCCAAAUCUGGUUGAGCUACGGCAAUUCAAAUCCAUCGUUCAGUCAGAGCUGAAAUCACUGCAGAGACUGGCUGCAAGGGCGGACGAGGCUGCUGCCGAAGACGCGGAGGACGCCGCUGGAACUCCGCAGUAUACGGCGAAUAUUAGGGCACAAGAGCAAAACAGGGGUCACGAAAAGGACGUCGAGGAGAGCGAUGGAGAAUAUCUAGGCCAAGCUGAAUUAAAAGUGGUGCAUUCAUUGCGGUCGUCUAAUUUCCCAUUUUACGCCAACGUUUGGAGAACUGCAAAGACAACCUGUACCGGGCUUAUAUCUCUCAACAAGAAGUUUUACUUCUACAAACCUAUGAAAGGUCAAUGUAUGCAGGGGGGUUAUAAAGAUCUAGAAGUGGACAUUGAUGAUCUAAAAAUUAAAUCCAACUCCAAGCCAGGGGUGGAAGAAACGGUUCCUAAAAUGCGCAAGCGAGGUGUUUUGAUUGACAUUGUAGCUGAUAAUGGCCAGGAGUGGGUUAAAGUAUCCACUGUCACACCGAAUAGGCUGCUAUUUGACCUUGCAAAACAGGGAUGGGAGAUCGGAUUAAAUUCAGACUCAGAGGAUAAUGAAGGGAGUAAUACCGCAUCGACAUCUGGCAAGAACGACUAUGAUAGUGAAGAUGAAGAUGACAUGAUUGAAUUGCUAAAGCUGGCAGUUGACAUGAAGAAAGCUGCCGCGGAGGUCCGGGUCAGGUAUAAGCAUCCCCGUGUCAGGCUGGUCCUGCCGAAAAUCGUGGAAGGACAAAUUGCGGAAAUUGAUAAGGUUAUUCGUAAAGUCCGUAUGGUUGGCGUUACUGUCGAAUGCGCUACUGCCGAGACCUCUGGCCUUGACUUCAUGGUAAAUAGGAGCGGAUCUGUCAACAACACUGAUGAUGCAGGCUCCGUGUUUUCAUCUCUUCUUCCGAGCCCUUUCCCACCGAUGACGUCAACCUUGAACGUCGAUUGCACUUUAUUGUUGGCAUUUGUGUCCGAUCUCUCUCACGCACGGGAUCUCAGGUGCAUGCCCUCAUAUCAUCCAGCAAUUAACCGUCAGAUCGAGCUUGAAGCAGAGAAGCCACUACUGUUGUCUGAGCUAUGGCCUGCCGCGGGAGACAGGAACCUCGUCUGCACAACAAGGGCAGCUAAAAGAAUGAGAGAGAUUGUGGACACAAUAGGGACACCCAGAGAAAAGGAGCGCACUAGGCUGCUAAUGGGGGAGGCAAACGAUGCUUCAGAUAGAGAGGCCCUCAUAUCUCAGUUUCAAAAGCUGUCCGAUUAUACCAUCCCGUUAGAAUGGAAAUUGCCCAUCAAAGUGGUGGACGCUCAGGAUGAUAUUGACCGUGGCUGGAAAGACGGCUCUCUUCCAUCUAUUGCAUGCAAGAUUGCGCAAAAAUUGAGUGAUAUCAAUCGGAGCGUGUUCCUAUAUGGAUGGGCUGCCGGGUUAACAACUGUAUCAAGUAACCGAACCGUGGUAAAACAGAUCGAGACCUGGGUGGAGGAGGAGCGUGGAGAUGACGAUGAGGUCUGCGGUCCGACAGUGUGGGUGUGUGAUACUGCUCGCAGUCUGAUUGGUAAAGAUAGCAGCAGAGCAAUAUAG